AUGGAUGCAACUAGUUCCAAGUAAGUAUACUGUAUAAAGGUAGCGUUUUUCUCAACUGAUAUCUCCUCUCCCUUAAUGCGCACUAUACUAUGUAAUUUAAUUACUAACUAGAAGCUAUUUGUUAUUUUAGGAAUGAGUCACCUUCACAUAAGGCUGGUAAAGGUAAAAAGUUUCUAUUAUCUGAAAAGCAUACAUGACUUUAACAUUUGAAUUUUAUGUCACCUAUUCCCGUCGUAUAACCCUAUACUAAAACUACUUUCCAAAUCGGUACUGUAAUAUGUAAUAAUUAUUUAUUUUGCAGAUCCACACCCUGAGGGUUAUGUCCAUACUCUAAGUCCUAUACAGUCCUCCAGCAAGUCAAGCAUAAAGUACUUUGACUUCAAAUUGCAAACUAGUGAUGAAGAAAGCGUUAGAAUGGUCUGUUAUUCACCUGAAAAAAGAAUGAAGCUUCAACAACAUUUUAAAAACAAGUCUCCUGUUAAAAUUCAAGGUACAAAACGAAGCAGAACCAAAGAGAACGAAUAUUCCAUCUCCAAAGCAGCCACGAUUGCACCUUCGACUGUAGCAUUUUCAUACAAUGACAUAGUUGCAAGCCGACUCUCCACUGUACAAGAAUGUCUCGACGCAAGACUUUACGACAAAGUUGACGUGGAGGCAAGAGCUUUUGAAAUCCGAGAAAAAACCUGUUAUUUACCAAGGCAAAACAAAGUAUAA